UAGGCUAGGCAAACCGAGAGUUGCUCGUCCGGUACGUUCAGUGUUCGCAUCGCGCUGUCCCGGAGACGUUCGCAAAACGUAUCUCGGCCAAUUUUCAAACUUCCCGGUUCAUCCGGGAACAGAAGAAAACAGUGCACACUGCUUCCGGCGAUGCUAGAAAAUUUUUUUAUACAUUUUUCAUCAAGUUAAGAGUGAUUUUUGAAACAGUGUCUAUUUACUCAACAGUGAUUGUGCUUCUGAUAUUCUUCUAUGGAGAAAAAAGAAAUUGUGGAAGGAAGGAUUUGAUAGAAUUGGUAUAAAUUUUAAGUGAACUCUGGAUAUUGAUAGUGAACAUUAGUGAUUAACGUUCUAACUUUUUUUGAAAAGUGUUUAGUGGUGGAACUGAAGAAUUUUGAGAGAAAGAUUGUUGAAUCAAGUGAGAUUUGCAUAGUGAUUUUUCAGUUUGAAUUGGGCAGUUGUGUUUCGAGCUGAAAUACAGACAGAGUGGCUCGAGCUGUCACGUGUGACGUAAUUGCCCCGUGGUGGGUGUCGCAAUUUAUUUCGAAGACGUAUAACGAAAACAUUUCUUCAGCCGCCACCCCGCGAGGCGAGGGAUUUCGGCAAUUAUUGUUUGAACCAGUUCCUUUCUCGUGCUUGGAACAACAAGAAAUUGUUUAUCAAUUAAAGAAGGCUUGGUGCAAUUGUGAGGAAGAAGAAAAAAAAAGAAGAGUAGUGGAUUACUGUAGUAGUGACUCGAAUUUCGAGGUGUCGAUUUGGUAUCUGAAAGUGGUCCAGGACAGGUGGAUAAUUUCACUGAUUAAGGAAAGGAACGAAGAAUCUAUAAAAUAGAGGCGAGAGGGGUACAAAAAAAAAGAAAAAGGGCACUUGGGAGAUUUGGUGGAGUAUUUGAAUGUUAGAAGGCGCGGGGGUGGCUAAAAAGGCCCCGUCGCAGGGUACGGGUCCCGAUGCCGGUCCCCGUAUCGCAAACCCUCACGUUGACCUCCACCCUCGUACCCAAGGAGGAGUCAAACAUGCCCUUCAUAGACGACGAAUUACUCUGGUGCCCUGACAACGACGGAAAAAUGGUCGAUUUAACCCAAUGCCUUCAGGAGAGCAAUACGGGGCAGCCUGUCGAAUUUUCGGCGGUGGAGUUCAGUGCCCUCGUUGGGGUUCCAGCAGCUCCAACUGGUUCCUCGGAGGAAGGUGAAGGAAUGUCGGGAGUCAAUGGUGAGGAACCUUUCGACACCCUAGACACUUUUCUUCGAGAAUUACAAGCCGAUUUGGCAGAAGCCAGUCAACCCACCUCAACCACGACCCCCGCGUCGUUAUCCUAUAGGCGGCAAAGGUACAACAUUGCCGCAGCCAAUCCCCUUUUAGCAGAAAAAUUAGCCACUCCGACAUCGCAAGCGUCGCAAACUUCCAUUCCUUACGCGACGAGGGCGGAAAUCAAGACGGAAAACAUCCAUAUGGAAACGAGUAAAGGUGAGUCAGCUUUUAAUGUUUCUUGGUUUAAAGCACUACUGUUUGAUACGAGGGAAGUCCAACCUCAUGAUACGGGAGAAAAAGAGGCCCUGGGAUUAGCCACUGUUAAGGCUGAACCUGGUUCCACGACGGGAAAUCGUCUUCUGCAUGGAAUCCUCUCCCAGCAUCCCCAGCAACAUUCGUUGGGUGUGCAAAAUGGAUAUGGAAGACACCUGGCCAAUCACCCCCAGCUGGGUCAACCCCCCUACACUGCCUCCAUUGCCACCACUAGCAAUCCAGGAAGUGGAUCACUGCCAGCAAGUCCAGCCGACAGUGGAGUCAGCGAUGUCGAGUCGAGCACAUCCUCUGGUGGUAACGAGGACGCGAAUCUCCUUCUAAAAGCAAGGCUCAACCCUAACUCGUCCCUUCAGCCAAGUCUCGCAUCAUCUCAUCACUCACACCUGACAGCAGCAGCCUUAGGAAGGUCAGCGUGCCACAGUCCGGGAGUUUACCCCUCAACGACGGGAUUUUUGCCGCCAACAUUUCACCCCCAUCAGCACCACCCCUCCCAAUAUCACCCCCAUAGAGGCAGCUCACCACACCAUCAACACAGUAAUCAUGGAAUGGGUCCUGCCAUGGGCCCACCUCACCAUCACCACCUCCACCAACCUCCGAAUCUGCAACACUUGCAUUAUCGCCAACCACCUACCUUAUCUGAGAGUUACAGCAGCUACGUGAAUUCCAUGUACGGUAGCAACGGCCAGUUUACAGCACCUUGCACCCCGAGUCCACCCCGAGGACCCGGAGGAGUUCCGACGAGUGUGAUCCAGGCAGCGACGAGUUCAGUCUCGGAUGAUCUGUACCUCCUAGAACUCGGCUUCCCACCCAGGCCCAAGAAGAGCAAACUGAAGAAGCCUCGACAAGGCGAGGGUGCGACCGUUAAGAGGAAAUCCCGCGAGGGAUCAACGACGUACCUGUGGGAAUUCCUGCUCAAGUUGUUGCAGGAUCGAGAAUACUGCCCUCGCUACAUCAAGUGGACGAAUAGAGAAAGAGGCGUCUUCAAGCUCGUCGACAGCAAAGCCGUCUCGCGACUCUGGGGUCUGCACAAAAACAAACCAGACAUGAACUACGAGACCAUGGGUCGGGCCCUCCGUUACUAUUAUCAACGUGGAAUCCUCGCCAAGGUCGACGGCCAGAGGCUGGUCUAUCAAUUCGUCGACGUACCAAAAGACAUCAUAGAAAUUGAUUGCACAGGAGCGUGAGACGAGGUCCAUCCGUUUAGGGACAUUUGAUA